AUGUCUGCUGAAGUGUCCACAGCCCCAGCUGCUGACAACGCCAACGGCGCUGCCGACUCCAACGGCACUGCUGUCAACACCAAUGUGGCCCCUGACACUACGACCAGCGAGUCGGCUACCACCCCAAGCGCUAACCAGCCUCAUUCUGCUUCGCUCUAUGUUGGUGAGCUAGAUCCUUCUGUGACCGAGGCCAUGCUCUUCGAGCUUUUCUCCUCUAUCGGACAAGUCGCCUCUAUCCGAGUUUGCCGUGAUGCUGUAACCCGUCGCUCUCUUGGCUAUGCGUACGUCAACUACAACAACACUGCUGACGGUGAGCGUGCUCUCGAGGACUUGAACUACACUUUGAUCAAGGGUCGUCCUUGCCGUAUCAUGUGGUCUCAGCGUGACCCCGCUCUGCGCAAGACCGGCCAGGGCAACGUUUUCAUCAAGAACUUGGAUACCGCCAUUGACAACAAGGCCUUGCACGACACCUUCGCUGCCUUUGGAAACAUUCUUAGCUGCAAAGUUGCCCAGGAUGAGUUUGGCAACUCCAAGGGCUACGGUUUUGUCCACUACGAGACUGCCGAGGCCGCCAACAAUGCCAUCAAACACGUGAACGGCAUGUUGCUCAACGACAAGAAGGUGUUCGUCGGCCACCACAUCUCUAAGAAAGACCGCCAGAGCAAGUUUGAGGAAAUGAAGGCCAACUUCACCAACAUUUACGUCAAGAACAUCGACCUCGAAGUCACUGAUGAGGAGUUCCGUGAACUUUUCGGUAAGUUCGGUGAUAUUACCUCCGCUACCAUCAGCCGGGAUCCAGAGAGCGGAAAGAGCCGAGGAUUCGGUUUCGUCAACUAUGUCAACCACGAGAACGCUCAGUCUGCUGUUGAUGAAUUGAACGACAAAGACUUCCACGGUCAGAAGCUUUACGUCGGACGUGCUCAAAAGAAACACGAGCGUGAAGAGGAACUCCGUCGCCAAUAUGAGGCUGCUCGUCUCGAGAAAGCUUCCAAAUACCAGGGAGUCAAUCUAUACGUGAAGAACCUCACCGAUGACGUUGACGACGAGAAGUUGCGUGAGCUUUUUGGUCCAUUUGGUACCAUUACUUCUGCCAAGGUUAUGCGUGACACUGUUGGCGCUUCUUCCGAUUCUGACAAGGAUGAAGCCAGCAAGGAAUCAUCUGAGAAAGAGACCGAAGAACCUGAGAAGGAAGAAUCCCAGGACAAGGAAGAGACCAAGAAAACCGAGAAGAAGGUAUUCGGAAAGAGUAAAGGCUUUGGUUUCGUCUGCUUCUCUAGCCCCGACGAAGCAUCUAAGGCCGUCACUGAGAUGAACCAGCGCAUGAUCAACGGCAAGCCUCUCUACGUUGCUCUUGCCCAGCGCAAGGAUGUUCGCAAGAGCCAGCUCGAAGCCAGCAUCCAGGCUCGCAAUACUAUUAGGCAACAGCAGGCUGCCGCCGCUGCUGGUAUGCCCCAGCCUUACAUGCAACCUGCAGUUUUCUACGGACCUGGACAACAAGGUUUCCUCCCAGGCAACGCUGGCCAGCGUGGAUUGGCUUUUGCUCCUCAGCCUGGUAUGGUGAUGGCCGGUAUCCCUGGUGGACGACCGGGCCAAUACCCCGGUGGCUUCCCUCAGCAAGGCGGUCGCGGAAUCGGCGGACCUAACCAGCAGAUUCCUCAGAAUUUCGGCCAAGGUAUUCCUAUUGGAGCCAUGCAGGCUGGUCCUGGAGGCAUCCCCAACGGCAUGGCAUACCCACAAAUGGCACAGGUUCAGUUCGGUCGUGGUGCUGGUGGUCGUGGACAGGUUCCUCAAGGCAUCCCUCCAAAUGUACCGGGAGCACGUGGUGGCCCAGGUUAUGGUCGUGGUGGCGUUCCUGCUCAACAAGGCCGACCUGGUCAAGGUCGUGGUCAAAACGCCCAAGCUGGAGCUCCCGUUGCCCAAGAAGGAGCCCCUGGCUCUCUUACACUACAGGCUUUGACUGCCGCUCCUCCAGCACAACAGAAGCAGAUGCUUGGCGAGGCUUUGUACCCUAAGAUCCAGGCUCAGCAGCCUGAGCUUGCUGGCAAGAUCACUGGUAUGCUGCUUGAGAUGGAAAACACCGAGCUUCUUGGCCUAAUUGAUGACGAGACCGCUCUCCGUGCCAAGGUUGAUGAGGCUCUUCACGUUUAUGAUGAAUACAUGAAGAACAAGGGAACUGACGAGUCCGACGCAAAGCCCAAGGAGGCUGCCAAGGAGGGCUCUGAGGAGAACAAGUCGUAA